AUGGUAGAUACAUCAGAUCUCCUUCCAAAGACCCCAAGAUACUUGAAGGUCCCCUUAAUUAUUUUAAAUGCCAUCCUCUGGAUUUUAGGUAUUGUUUUGAUUGCAUGUGGUGGUUUUGCACUCUCUAAAUUGUCACAUUUGGACGAUAUUAUUAAUGUUUCAUUGCCAGCCGGUAUCAUUGUUAUUGGUGUCUUCUUUUUGGUGUUGACAUUCAUCGGAUGUUAUGUCGCCUACAAGGAGAAGUUGGUCGGUCUCGUUUUCUACACUGUCUUUAUGUUGGUUCUUUUGGUUUGUUUGAUCGGUGUCGGUGGUGGUGCAUUCACCUACCGUAACAACGUCGAGAAGCCAGUCGGUAUCGCCUGGUACAAGGCCACCGCAGACGAGCACAAGAUCGCCGAAGAUUACUUUGAAUGCUGUUGUUGGGAUCUCACCAAGCCAAUCAAUGAGUCGUGUGGUACAUCGUGUUAUACUAUCGAUCCAAUCAACAACCAAACUAUUCGUGUUGACGGUAAGCCAUACUGCAACCAAACCAUCACUGAAUACAUUCAAAAGAAUCUCUAUGUUGCCGGUGCUGCUGGUGUAACCAUCGGUGUCAUUGAGUUUGUCUCUAUGUUGUUCGCUCUCUUCUUGAUCGUCCUGAUUAGCAAACUUAAUAUAAUAAAGCCAACAGCCAACAUCAAUAUCAACACUGUUUAUUGUUGUCAAAGAUAUUUCGGCAAUACAUCAAAAAAGAAUAAUAAUAAUAAAUCACAGAGAGAACUACAAACUUAUUCACUUUUAGAUAGAAUUAGAAUAAGUAAUACUAGUGGUAGUGGACAUAGUAAUCAUAGUAAAAAUCAAAAGUUUAAGAUAUUACAUAACAAUAACAAUAAUAGUAAAUCAACAGUAGAGGCGUCAGCAAAGAGUUAUUCAGAUUACCAAAAGCUAUUAGAAGAGAUGUCAUCGUUCAACAUUCAAAAUAUUAGAAAUUUCAGAUGGGUCAAGUCGUCACCCGACGAAUUAGAGUCGGCAGAGAAGAAGAUGCUCGAGGGAAUCACUACUCCCUACGAACAAUCGUUGGUAAAGGUUGGUGAUGAAUAUGUAAAUACAAUCAAAGCUGGUUCUGGUGACCCAUUGGUAUUGAUUCAUGGUUAUGGUGCCGGUGUUGGUUUUUGGUGUGCCAACAUCGAUGAGUUGGCUCAACAUUAUACUGUUUAUGCAAUUGAUUUAGUUGGUUUUGGUAGAUCAUCAAGACCGGAUGUUUCAUAUUUGAAGACACCAGACGAAGCAGAGGAAUUCUGGACCAAAUCGAUUUUAGAUUGGUCAGAACAAAUGGGUCUAGAGAAUUUCAAUCUUCUCGGACAUUCACUAGGCGGUUACCUAUCCGCUAGCUUUUCAUUAAAGUACCCAGAGAAAGUAAAAAAGUUGGUGUUGGCCGACGCCUGGGGAAUCCCACACAGACCAACCGAUUUCGAAGACAAGAUCCCAUUGCCAUUGAAGCUGCUGGGCAAGGUGAUCACACCCGAUGUACCAUUGGCACUGUUGAGAGCAUGCGGUCCACUCGGACCCGAUUUAAUCUACAGAUUCCGUCAGGAUCUACUCAUGAAGUUCUCUGGACUCUAUCCAAACGACGACCUGAAAUUCAAUCCUCUCAAUCCUAAUCGUGUUGCACAAUAUAUCUAUCACACCAAUGCACAGUCACCGGCAACCGGUGAGUAUCUCUUCAAGUUGCUAUCGCUUCCUUUCGGUUGGGCGGUGAAUCCACUCAUCGACAGAGUCAAAGCAAUGCAUCCCGGAAUCGAUGUUACCCUUCUCUAUGGAUCAAACAGCUGGAUCGACCACAGCUCCGGUCAUAAACUCAAAGAGGAAAUGAAAAACAUCAAAGAUAUCGUUAUCAUCGAACAAAGUGGACAUCACAUCUAUAUAGAUAAUCAAAAUCACUUCCAUCAAUCAAUAGUCAACGCUAUCCCAAAGAAAAGAAGAGAUGAAUUAUUUGAUACGACAUUUAUAGCAGAUCUACCAAAUCAUUUAUUAAAGAAAAUAGUUUUAAAUGGUCUUUCAAAUUUAGAUUGUGUAUGUCCAAAUUUAAGAGAAGUAUCUUUAUUUGACUUAUCUCUUUCAAGUGUCAUUAAGAAAUGUGAAACACAGAUAUGUCUAAAGUCUUAUGCCAAUAUUUUACAGAAAGGUGUAGAGUUGAAAUCAUUCAACAAUGAGUGCAUAAUGAAGUUGUUCAGUACACCACCAGAUAAAGUGAGUGGAUUUGAACAAACCUAUGAUUAUAUAGAUUCAUUUGAUAAUCCAAAUAUGAAGAUACCUAGUGGUGUAAAGAAUUUGACUAUUGCUGGAGAUGGAUUCGGUCAGUUACCUGAUCUCUCGAUGUGUAAUGCUAGAUCGAUCGUUCUCUUUACUGGUGGCGUUUUGGAGAUCAAGAAAGAUACUCUACCAAAGAUGCUGAAAUCUUUAUAUCUCUCAUCUACGCUGCAAGACAACUUAGAGCCCGGGAUAUUCCCUGAUGGCAUUGAAGAGAUUAGCUUUGCAGAGAGCAAUAGCCAGUUCUACCAAGCAAACCUCUUCCCUAUCGGUUUGAAAAGACUGUGUCUGCAUUCAAACAAUAUCGAACCAUUCACUGAUGGAUCACUGCCAUCUACUCUGGAGAGUCUCGCCAUUGAUUUAAAUUGUUUUCUCUCAAAUACCAAGUAUCUUAAACACCUUGGUUCUUUAAGUAGCUUAACCUUUUCCUAUAAUACCGGUGCACCUUCGGAUCCAACUAAACUAAGAGGCGCACUCAGCUGCUUUGCAAAUCUAUCAUCAGUAUCAUCUAUUCCCUACAAACACUAA